AUGUUCAGAAGCAAAUUAAGAUUAUUUAAGAAAUUUACUUCAAGACUCUUCCAUCGCUCUACACCAACCGCUGCUGUUGAUGAGUUGCUACUCCCGCCAUCCAAUUCCCUCCAUUCAAUCUACAUGGGUAGCUCAUCGCUGAAGGAGGCUUUCUCUGAAGCAUUGCAAGAUCCUGAGAUUGUUCUUACGCGCUUCAAGCCAUCUCAAAACGCCAAAACCGUCGUCCAAUUGAGCGAUCUUGUUGAAGGGCAAUCAGUUCGUGUUGAAAAUUGGUAA